GCAUCCACACAUGCCGCCGGCUUAUGCCGCCGGGUUUGCCGCCGACUUUCAGACCGCCUUGCCGCUGACUUUGCCGCCGGCUUUACCGGCGGCCUGCAGUCGCGGUUGCAAUUUACGCAGUAGUGUUGUGACUUUCGUUGAAAUUAGUCGUGUACGUAGAAUCGAAAGAUGUUGGACUAUGAUAUAGUUGCGUGUAUCGCAAGUGUAGUGUUGUAUGUCAUUAUUCAUAAAAAGAACCGCAAAAUCAAACGAAGAUAUUGGGUCAGACCAAGUCUUCGAAAUAGGCCUAAUGUGUCCCCGAUACUUGAAGAUUUUAGAAGGGACGACAUAAACCGAAGAAAUAUUCGUUCGAAAUUUAACACUUUUCUAAGGAUCUCUAGUGAAGAAUUUGAAAUAUUACUGAAUUUAACUGGACCCAUGAUAUCAAAAACUGACACCCGCUGGAGAAAUGCUGUGUCAGCUUCCGAUCGACUAGCAAUUACUUUGAGAUACCUGGCUACAGGAGACUCUUAUUUUUCACUCGGUACACUGUUUAAAGUGUCUCCACAAGUUAUUUCUUUAAUAAUUCUAGAUGUUUGUCAAACUUUGGUGUCUACAUUAUCCAAUUAUUUAAGGAUGCCGAAUACACAUGGAGAAUGGCUAUCAGUGGCUCGAAGUUUCAUGCAGAAAUGGAAUGUACCUAAUUGCGUAGGUGCCCUCGAUGGGAAACAUAAUAUACGAUAUUUCUAG